CUCGGAGCGACUCGUCCUCUGCUUUGCUUUUCAGCAGCCUCUGCGCUGUGCCGCAGCGGCUAAUCUUGUUUUUAUAUGCCGUGGCACGGACCUUGCUCCUGACAGAAGGAACGGGAGUCUUCAGCAUAGCAGGGCUGUGUGUUUCUGUCUGAUCUAGAGCGUUACUUUCUCUCCCUACCCACCUCUUUUUCACAGCCUCUUUUUACGUUUAAAAACUCUGGUCCUCAGAAGGGAAAUUUGGAAGCGGCUCAGUUGGAAGUGUGAUAUCCUCCACAGCAGCACGACUCAGGAGGGAGAUUUGGGCGUCUUUCAAGAUUGUGACUGAAGCAGGAAUACCAGGGGGACUUUACUAUGAUGUCAUAACCACAAACCAUCCAGGAGAAUGUUGCUAUUGGGAUGACCUUUGUGACCUCACCAUUGCCCGCCCCCGUAAAGAUCAACCACCAAUCAGGAACCCUGAGGGAUGUGGUUGGCUGGUUCCAGUGAUGGACAGGUGACCAGCCAGCCCUCUAGCUUCCCUCUCCUGCUCUGAUUCCCCCUCUCCUUCCCCCCUCCCCUCCCUCCCUGGCGUGCAGUGCCCCCCCCAGGACGGAGACCCCCCACAUCUCUGCCAUGGUGACAUAAUCAGCAACACAGUAUGUGGGAGAACCAAUAUGGUGAAACCAUCUAAUUUCUAUCCCCAGUAGCUGCUCAAGCUGCUGGUGCUGCUGUUGCUUCUAUAGCCUGUGGAUUACUAACCAGAAGACUGGAAAAAACAACAUUGACUUUGGACUGAUUUAUUUAUGCUAAGCCUUCACUAGGCUAGCCUACACUAUCCUGUCCUACCCUACCCUACCAAGAAGCCCGUUUCGGUCAGUAGUUCAGUCGUGUGCGUGACGAUGCUGGGAUGUGUGUCCCGCCUGCGUCGGCUGGUCCGUCUUGUCCGCCACCUCCCCCUCCAGACCUCCCUGCUCCUCCUCUUCCUCUUCUGCACCGUCAGCGUCUUCGUCUCCGCGUACUUCCUGUACGGCGCGAAACAGGAGCUCGAGCACUCAGGAGGGGGCGUGGCUGGUGGCGAGGGGGCGUCGGCCGUCUACGAUGACCUCCGGGUGAGCCCGUCGCGCCUGCUCCCAGUGCGGGCGGUGUCUGGGGGGCCCGGGGGCGAAGGAGGGGUGAGGACAGACCCUGUGGUGCUGGUGUUUGUAGAGAGCCAGUACUCUCAGCUGGGCCAGGAUAUCGUGGCCAUCCUGGAGUCGGGACGUUUCCGGUACCGGACGGAGAUCUCUCCCGGUAAAGGGGACAUGCCCACGUUAACUGAUAAGGAGCACGGACGCUUCACGCUGGUCAUCUACGAGAACAUCCUGAAGUACGUCAACCUGGACGCCUGGAACAGAGAGCUGCUGGACAAGUACUGUGUGGAAUAUGGAGUGGGCAUCAUCGGCUUCUUUAAGGCCAAUGAGAACAGCCUUCUGAGCGCCCAGCUCAAAGGAUUCCCCCUCUUCCUCCACUCCAACCUGGGCCUGAAAGACUGCACGGUCAACUCCAAGUCCCCCCUCCUCUUCAUCACGCGCUCCGGCCAACCCCUCCCCGGCCCCCUCCCCGGUGACGACUGGACCGUCUUCCAGUCCAACCACUCCACCUACGAGCCCGUCCUCCUAGCCAAGACCCAGUCCGCCGAGAGUGUCCCCUCGCUGGGUACGAUGGCCGCAUUGCUUCCCUCCGUGGUGCAGGACCUGGGGCUCCAUGACGGGAUCCAGAGGGUUCUGUUUGGGAACAACCUCAACUUCUGGCUGCACAAGCUGGUGUUUGUGGAUGCGGUGGGCUUCCUGACGGGAAAGAGGCUCUCUCUCUCCCUGGAGCGACACCUACUCGUCGAUAUAGAUGACAUCUUUGUGGGGAAGGAGGGCACGAGGAUGAAGGUGGAUGAUGUUAAGGCCCUGUUGGAGACCCAGAGAGAGCUGCGUAACCAUGUACCCAACUUCACCUUCAACCUGGGCUAUUCAGGGAAGUUCUUCCAUGCCGGGUCAGAUGAGGAGGACCUGGGGGAUGACCUGCUCCUCUCCUACGUCAAGGAGUUCUGGUGGUUCCCCCACAUGUGGAGCCACAUGCAGCCCCACCUCUUCCACAACCAGUCAGUGCUAGCUGAACAGAUGCUGCUCAACAAGAGGUUCGCUAUGGAGCAUGGUAUCCCCACUAACAUGGGCUAUGCGGUGGCACCCCACCACUCUGGGGUGUACCCGGUCCACCUGCAGCUGUACGAUGCCUGGAAGAAGGUGUGGGGCAUCAGGGUGACCAGCACAGAGGAGUACCCCCACCUCAAACCUGCCCGCUUCAGACGAGGAUUCAUACACAGCGGUAUCAGUGUCUUGCCCAGGCAGACGUGUGGCCUGUUCACGCACACCAUCUUCUAUAAGGAGUAUCCAGGCAGUCCCAACGAACUGGACAAACUCAUUAACGGAGGAGAGCUGUUCCUCACUGUUCUACUAAACCCUAUCAGUAUCUUCAUGACCCACCUGUCUAACUACGGUAACGACCGGCUGGGCCUGUACACCUUUAAGAGCCUGGUGGCCUUCCUGCAAACCUGGACCAACCUGCGGCUGCAGACCCUGCCUCCCAUCCAGCUGGCCCAGAGAUACUUCAGCCUCUUCCCUAACGAGAGAGACCCACUCUGGCAGGAUCCCUGCGAGGACAAAAGGCACAAGGACAUCUGGUCAAAGGAGAAGACAUGCGACCGUUUCCCCAAGCUGCUUGUCAUUGGGCCUCAGAAGACAGGUUCUACAGCCCUCUAUCUGUUUCUGGGCAUGCACCCUGACCUGACCAGCAACUACCCCAACAAGGAGACCUUUGAGGAGAUCCAGUUCUUCAACGGACACAACUACCACAGAGGCAUCGACUGGUACAUGGAGUACUUCCCCCUGCCCUCCAACACCAGCUCAGACUACUACUUUGAGAAAAGUGCCAACUAUUUUGACUCUGAGGUGGCAGCGGAGCGGGCGGCUGCCCUCUUGCCAAAAUCCAAGAUCAUCACCAUUCUCAUCAACCCAGCUGACCGCGCUUACUCCUGGUACCAGCACCAGCGCGCUCAUGACGACCCAGUGGCUCUGAAAUACUCCUUCCAUGAUGUCAUCGUGGCUACCCAUGAUGCCCCGGUGAGAUUGCGUGUGCUCCAGAACCGUUGCUUGGUGCCGGGCUGGUAUGCCAUCCACCUGGAGAGAUGGCUCAACCACUACCACUCCAGUCAGGUCCUGGUUCUGGAUGGGCAGCAGUUGAAGACUGAGCCGGCCUCAGUCAUGGACAGGAUCCAGAAGUUUCUAGGCCUGGUCAACACGGUCAACUACCACAGGAUCUUAGCGUUUGACCCCAACAAAGGCUUCUGGUGUCAGCUGCUGGAGGGAGGGAAGACCAAGUGUCUGGGGAAGAGCAAGGGGCGGAGGUACCCUGACAUGGACCCAGAGUCCCAGUUGUUCCUCAGGGAGCACUACAGGGAUCAAAACAUAGCAUUAUCUAAGCUGCUGUACAGGAUGGGCCAGCCCCUGCCCAGCUGGCUCCGAGAGGAACUGGUCCAUACCAGGUAGCAGGGGGGGGGACAGCUCAGCGGACUGUACCACAGCUUAACCGCUCCGCUGCCACCUCAGGAGUAUGAUAUGAAUCCCCUGGAGAAUCCAUAGGGGGGUAAGACAGGGGUGUGUUCUGAAGAAAGCCUCUCCUUCUGUAUGUGCUCUUCAUAAGAGAGAACAGGGAGGAAGGGAGAGCAGGGAUGGUGACCUGUGGGCGGUGAGUCUACAAUGGCUCAUAACCUAGGCCCUUAGUGCACUCCUCUCUCUCCCUAAGUUGUACCUCCCCAUGAAACACCACCACCCUUACUUGGUACAUUCUACGAAGAGACUCCCCACAAGACUGCGCCACCUCUUACAGAGGUGGAGGGGUGUGAAGGUACCGGUACAGAUAGGAUGGGAUGGAGAGGAGGGUGUGGUCAACCCUCGUCCCCUCUUUCUUUGACUAUCCCUUGCGUUCCUCACAUGGACUUGGACCUUACUCUUGAGAGGAACAGGAGGAUGAAGAGGAAGAGUGAGACUUGGCUAGCCUGCACAGUACCAGUCAUUUAAGGCUGGGUGAGGUGAAAAAAGGGCAGAUAUUACACUAGAGCAGAGAUCAAUUAGUACUUGAAUCAAUUAAAAGAAUGAAUGCCAUUAGUUGAAAAUGCCUAUGUUUUCUAUCUAAAAACCAUAGGGGGGUGGUAUGUUGUAUAUUGACUCAGGCUACAGGUGUGAUGUGGUCUUAUUCACUAGGCCUUUAGACACUAGACAUGAACACAUUUACCAGUGCCAUGACAGAAUCUUCACCACUACAUUACCUGGCCUAUUGACGGUUCUUACUUUUUAAGAUGGUGAUUUGGAGACAUGUUAUUGUAAAAGGUGACCACAAACACAUUUUCGCUCAGUUUCUGUUUCGGAUGGGUUCGCAUACACAGCACAGGAAGUGUCAGGCAGACAGCCAGGCUGCACACAUUGAAAGCACAAUAUGCAAAGUAUUGGUACAUCUCAUAAAUAGACUUUACAGAUACACACACAUUCUAAUUUAACAGGUUGUCUGAAAGUACAGUCAUACUAAUUUAUCAGGUUGCCUGAAAGUACAGUCAUUCUAAUUGAACAGGUUGUCUGAGGGUACAGUCAUUCUAGUUUAACAGGUUGUCUGAGGGUACAGUCAUUCUAGUUUAACAGGUUGUCUGAGGGUACAGUCAUUCUAGUUUAACAGGUUGUCUGAGGGCUCAGUCAUUCUAGUUUAACAGGUUGUCUGAAAGUACAGUAAUUCUAGUUUAACAGGUUGUCUGAAAGCUCAGUCAUAACACAGAUAUUACAGUAUGUGAAGUCGGUCCCACUUUAAACAAAGUACAACUUAUGAAGGCUUUAAAUAGUGUACAUAAAAGCUUCAUAGGCACUACAUAAAUGCUUCACAAAUCAUCUAUAAUCAUAUUUCAUACUCUAAAAGGUGACAACACUUCCCACUGUAGGAUGAAUUGCCAAAUGUGACAUAACACACUGUAUGCUUAUACACCAUUCAUAGUGUCAUACACUAAUUUUGAAGCAUUUAUGUAGUGCUUAUGAAGCCUUUAUGUAUGCGCUCUAAGGCGUUUAUAAGUUGUACUUUAUUUAAAGUGAGACCGUGAAGUCUGACAUAAGCUAAGUUUAAAUGCACUCAUGUCCAUCAGUCAUCUGCAGUGUGAGGAUUAUUUUUUAUAUAUAUCCUUAUUUUGAAUGUUCCAUUUGAUUUUGUUUUAGCAGUUGUUCAUAGUAUUUCUGAGUUGCAUCAGGGAGAAUCUAAAACAUGAACACCUGACAUAGUCAGUAUGGCCCCGAGUUAUAGUAGUAGUUGGAACUCAGACAUUAGUCACAUGGUACUACCACUGCAAGCGUACAUAACAAAAAGCUGCUCUUACUGCAAUACUUUUGUACAACGUUGUUCAGACGUAAUAACAACGCACAUGCUGUUCGUUUGUUUCUUUCCUGGCUCUGCAAUCUAAUGUUAUAGACAUCAAUUAUUGAAUGUGAUUGAGGUGAAACUCUUUCAGCCUCCUCUCAUAAUGCAACGAGAGGUAUUCAGUGGGGACAGAAUCAUCCAGGUAGUAUUGAAUUGUCACUACAAUGGAUCAUAAAAUAGUGCCAUCUGCUGAAGUCCAGACAGAUCUCUUUCAUCCCAUCUGUUCAUACGAACGUUCCUCCCCUCUUAUUCCUUCUCUCAACUACCCCCACACUGCCAAUUGUUGUACAGAGCUCCUUGAUUUCUUUAUUUAAAGUAUUAUUGACAUGAUAAUAACACAAUAACAGCAAUGAUGGUACUAAUCUCCCCGGACUGUACGAUAAAGACUUGUAAUUGUUGUCAAUAAUUUUUACAGUGUAACUAAUAUUGUCAGUGCUUUUUAAUUAGCAAAUAAAACCACUUGAUUUUUA